AUGCCGCGAAAGGUCUUUCGCGGAGCAGCGAGCCAAUCAUGUGAAACCUGUCGAAAGUCUAAGCGGCGAUGCGAUCAGACGCGCCCAUAUUGUCUUCGAUGUAAGAGGACCGGGAAGAAAUGCUCCGGCGUGCCUCUCGGCAUUCCUCUGCGCAUCCUCGAUGAGACCGAGCUUGUUUUGCGGAAAGCGAAGCACGAACCAUUACCUGAUUGUUUCGCAAACUUUAGCAUCACAUAUCCCACCGUGCAUAUCUCCGAGGAACCUCGAGAGUAUUUCGACGAGAUUGCACUGAAGUAUUUCCACCAGUGUUUCCUGGGAGAUGCCCAUACUUGGCCCUUCCUCCACGGCGCGCAGUUGUCUCAAGAGCCUUUGGUCCGCUCAGCGAUGCAAGCAUGUGGUAUGGCUACUCUAUACAAUAGCCAAAAUGUUUCCGGUGGUCGAGAGCAACACAUUUUAAUGCACAGUCGAACCAUCCGCUUCUUGGAACGUGCUCUCGACCACCCCACCGAUUGCAAAAGCGACUCGGUUUUGACUGCCGUCGCUUUACUUGGAUUCUAUGAUAAUCUCACUUGCGAAGACAGCGAUGUAGCUGAGUCAUGGAGAGCGCAUGUCAGUGCUGCGUCGAAGCUUGUGCAACUUCGCGGCAAAGAGCAACUUCGAAGCGCGAUAGGCAGAGCGCUGUAUCGAGAGCUUCGAAGCCAGCUGCUGAUUGAUUGCCUAUGGGCAGACAGGCGACCGACAUCGUUCUUGAUAGAAUGGCAGGACGAGCUUUCGAGAGAAACCCCUAUGGAGGAGCGACAAGACUUCGCUCCCAGCGAUGCUCUACAUUCAAUUGUGCUAGACUUUGCGGACCUACGCUUCCAAAUGCGGGAGUGCAUGGUCACACCUGCCGACGCUCUCGGACAACUUGCAAAUCUUGCACGACAGGCGGACGCUUGGGCACGAGAGACAGCCAAAUUAGGCGAGGCCUGGCAGAUCACUUCAGAUCACCACAAGGAUUGCACGGGAGAAGUCUGGGUCGGUCUGGCCCAUCGUUAUAGCAACAACGCCGUAGCUGCGACAUGGAACUCCUACCGAACUUUAAGAAUUAUGCUCACUCGUGCUCAGGAGAUCAUGGUUCUGCACAGGGCCGACCAGAGCUCGGACGACCUUGCUAACCAAAUUGCUGCUCUCAGAAAGGCGAGGAAGUUCUUCACGGAUGAAAUCUGUGCAAGCGUUCCAUCUCAACUAGGCCACCUUCCCUUAAGGGGCUCAAAGGAGACCACCUCUGCACUUUACACGGCUUUCGCAUUGAUUUGGCCAUUGUUCUUUGCGGCGACAUGUGCUUUGGAUCAAGUCGGCGAACACGUGCAACAUGCGACGUCUGCCUCACAUACCUCAAGUCAAUCAAGCGCUGACACCGACCAGGCAUCAGUAGCAGUGGCGCAGGCAUCAUGGCUCAUUAAUAGACUUUCACAUAUCUCGAAUGGUAUCGGACUGAAAUGGGCGGGCGGGUUCAUCGAAGUGUUGCAUGGUGACUUCCGUGUUUUCCAAACCUAUAUUCUCCCAGAGAAAGAUGGUGAGAAUGCCUCGAAGACCAGGGGUCCGAAGCUUCUACUGGAGCGUGAUCUCCAGGCUAUUCACAGCGCGUUUAAAGGUCUCCGACAAGGUCCAGCAAACAAUUGA